UUCCGGAGCUUCCGCGCGGUUGGUUUACUGGAGACGAGCGCUGCACGUGGAGAGCUACUUGGAUCCCGCGACUUCGCCCACCAGACCCACAUGUUCGAAGAGCCGGAGUGGGCCGAGGCGGCCCCAGUAGCCACGGGCCUCAGGCUUGUAGCUGCACGGCCUCGGCCUGCCGCAGCCUCGCAAAUCAAGGGCUCCAAGCACCGUCAGCUCUUGGCCACAUUACGGGCCCUGGAGGCAGCGUCUCUUCCCCAGCAGCCCCCUAGCCUUCCUGGCAGUGACUCUGAGGAGGAGAUAGUGGAAAGGAAGAAGAAAUGCCCAAAAAAGACCUCAUUUCCCAGUGUUUCUAUUGAAGUAGGGAAGAAGAGGAAGAAGAAAUGUCAAAAACAGGGCCCACCUGGCAGUGACUCUGAAGAAAAGGAAGUAGAAAGGAAGAAAAAGUGCCUCAAAGGGAUUUUCAGUGCCAGUGACUCUGCUGAAGAAGACAAAAGGAAGAAGAAACGCCAGAAACAGGUCCACUCCAACCCUGCCCAGCACCUGGACAAUGAUAACCUAACAGGUCCCAAAGCUUGUAAGAGUAGUGCUACAAAUGACUUAUCCAAGCCAAAUGCUGGGACUUCUGCCAACCCCCCCCAUACCUUGAGUCGCAAGCAGUGGCGGAACCGGCAAAAGAACAAACGUAGACAUAAGAACAAGUUUCGGCCACCUCAGCCACCAGACCAGGCUCCAGCCACAGCCCCCACAGAGGAGACAGAGGUGCCCCCUGACCCCAGUCUGCACAGGCAAGAGGAUCGGGCCGGGGCUCUGCGAUCCCGCAUGGCACAACGGCUGGAUGGUGCCCGAUUUCGUUACCUCAAUGAACAGCUAUACUCAGAGCCUAGCAGUGCUGCGAGACGUCUCUUCCAGGAAGACCCUGAGGCCUUUCUCCUCUACCAUCGAGGCUUCCAGAGCCAAGUCAAGAAGUGGCCACUGCAGCCAGUGGACCGCAUCGCCAAGGAUCUUCGCCAGCGGCCUGCGUCCCUGGUGGUAGCUGACUUCGGCUGCGGGGACUGCCGCCUGGCUUCAAGUAUCCGGAACCCUGUACACUGCUUUGACUUGGCCUCUCUGGACCCCAGGGUCACUGUGUGUGACAUGGCCCAGGUGCCUCUGGAGGAUGAGUCUGUGGAUGUGGCUGUGUUCUGCCUUUCACUGAUGGGAACCAACAUCAGGGACUUCCUAGAGGAGGCAAAUCGAGUGCUGAAGCCAGGGGGUCUACUGAAAGUGGCUGAAGUCAGUAGCCGAUUUGAAGAUGUUCGGACCUUUCUGGGGGCUGUGACCAAGCUGGGCUUCAAAGUCAUCUCCAAGGACCUUACCAACAGCCACUUCUUCCUGUUUGAUUUUGAAAAGACUGGGCCUCCUCGGGUAGGGCCCAAGGCUCAGCUCACAGGCCUGAAGCUUCAGCCAUGUCUCUACAAGCGCAGGUGACCUCUGGGGCCCCCUUGAAAGGGGAGGCGAGUCUCGAACUCCAGGCUCAGAACUCUGAAGACUGUAUCCAGCCAGGCUCUCUCUGACCCAGGAAUGGGUACAUCCCUUCCUCUGUCCAAAGAACAAAGUGUGUGAUGAAACUCCUUGGUUCAGCCCUGCUCUAAUGAAGGCUUUUUGGUUCCAAGAAUCAUAAAGUCUCUUGGGCUAGCUAAAGAAUAAGGAGUUUAUUGUGACAAGAGUGUUUGGGAAUUAGGGAUCCCCUAAAUGUCAUGACAACUAGGUUUUGAAUCAAGACAUCUCUGGGUUUGGCUCCUCUUUCCAUCUCUCAGGUGCCACGUGGACUUUCUCUCCUGGCAUCUCUACUCUUUUCUGAUUUUUCAUCUGCUGAGGAAAUCUGCAUUCAGAGCUGGGCAUAUAGGAGGUGCUUGGUGAACUGUAGCUGUGGCUGUGUAAGCCUUACUAUUUUCUAAAGUCCUUGCCUAGGUAGGGUUGGAGGUUGAAAAGUAAAGAAUGGAUUUGUUGACUGAGGAAGACUCUGGGAGAGCUCAAGAUAGGGCUUCCAACAGGCUUUACUUCGCAGGGUCUUUAGAGAUGAUUGGUGAGAUUCUGAGCUGUGCUUGGAGGAGGAUGGUGAGGAACUUGGGUCUCUUCAUAAAUAAUGACUGGUUGACACCAUGGAAGGGUGGGGGUUUGGGUUGUCGCUUGGCAGAAGGGCCUGUUUGUUGUUUCUGCCUUGCAGUAGGCCCAGAUCAGCAUGUCUUAGGAUGGCGAUGGGCAAAGAAGGCUGGUGCUGGAAAAAGAUGAACUGGCAUAGUACACCCUUGACCUCUCCCAGAGGGUAUCUGCUGUGGAUAAAGAUACAGCCUCUUUACCUGUUUCAAAGAGCAAACACUGAGAGUGUCAAAUGGGACACAGCUUCCAGUGCUCUGAGCCCGUCGGUACCUCCAUUGAGGAGAUGGAAGCUCGGUGGUAGGCUGUCAGCCAGAGGACAUGUUUGUGAACCAUUCAACACAUACCCCAGUGUCUUCCCACUUGCUUUUUUCUCUGUCAAAUACUCGUCUGACUGGCAGAGUCUUAUUCAUUCUCCCAAAUAGCCUCGCUGUGCCCUACUCCAGCCUUUCCAAAGCAGAAUUAAUUUCUUCAUCUGUAUUGUGAUGGCUUUGUGCAUUAGACUGUGGUCUUCUCAAGUCAUAUUUAUUUUUGUAUUCCCAGAGCUUGUCGCUGAGGUGGUGAUAAGGCAUAACAGGGUCCAUUUGAAUGGAACUGGUGAGAGCAGGGUAUUGCAGGAACUCAGGUUCAGGGCACAGGAUGUGGGCACUAAGGACUAGGGACAAUGGACUAGGCGGGUGAGAGAACUUGAGCAGGUAGAAUAGGGGGGAUGUUGAGGGUUGGUGAGAGAGCAAUCUGAACUGAGUCUCUGGUUUCUCGCUUGAGCAACUAGUUGAGCUGGUGCUGCCAUUCAAAAUGUUGGGUUUCAGGUACCUGCUAGGUGUUCAUUUGGAAGAGGGACAUAAAAGUACCAGGAGAGAGCUGGCUAGCAUUUGGGAAUCAGCAAUCAAGAAGUGGUAAUUCAAGUCAUAAGAAUAGGUAAGAUAUCCAGAGUAAGAUCGUGAGAAGAGAAGAUGGCUCAGAACAAAACUGAGGAACAUUUAAUGGAUGGGCAAAGGCAAAUGGACCAGUAAGGGUGACAAGAUGAGAAGGUCAGGCCAGAAAUGGAGGAGUAAAACCAGAAGAGUGGAUGCUUUCAAUAUGAAAGGAAAGGAGAGGGGAGGUUGUCCGCUGUCAAAUACUGUUGCAAGAUCUGUUAAAAUUGGGGGCCUGGGUGGCUCAGUCAAUGAAGUGUCUGACUCUUGGUUUUGGCUCAGGUCAUGAUCUUACAGUU